UGGUGACACUUCCUUAGCAAUGAGUGACAAUGUAACAGGGCAACGUAUUACAUAAUAGAUUAGAACCGGUGGCACUUUGGUAUUAAACAACUGUGGGAUGUUGAUUUGUAUUUCACGUAGCGGUCUAAAAAGAAAGACAAAAUGUCGAAGCUAUAGCUUCUGGAUUUGGCUGCAGCACCAAAGAAGAAUGUUCGGUGGCGAUUGGAUUUAGGGUCUGGUUUCUAUCCCAAGAAAAGGAGGGGGACCUGGAAGGACACCAGUAUGGUGAACAGAAAGAGGAUUGAUUGCUAUGGAAUAUGAUGAAAAACUUGCCCGGUUUCGACAAGCUCACCUCAAUCCAUUUGACAAGGUAUCGGUCGCUGAAGAUAGUGAUAAUGAAACAGUGGAUAAUGAACGUCAGCUGUGUAAAGAUGUACAAACAGCCUCCAGCCAGUAUGAACCUGAGUCUAGAUGUGCAGACAGAGUAAUGGACUUGGGUCUUGAAGAGGAUCACUUCUCACGUCCUGAGGGUUUAUUCCUGGCAUCUGAUGCAGAGCAGCUGAAGCAGGCCAUUGAAGAAUGUAAGAGGAUGAUUCAGGAUUUACCAGAACAGUCCGAAAAGCAGAAGGAUGCUGUAGUGAAACUGAUUCAUUUGCGACUUAAACUCCAGGAACUAAAGGACCCUGAGGAGGAUGAACCCAACAUACGGUGCUUGUUGGAACACCGGUUCUACAAAGAAAAGAGCAAGAGUGUGAAACAGACAUGUGACAAAUGCAAUGCCAUUAUCUGGGGUCUAAUUCAAACAUGGUACACCUGCACAGGUUGUUACUACCGCUGCCACAGUAAAUGCCUCAACCUCAUAAGUAGGCAGUGUGUAAGGUCAAAAGUCAGUCACCAGUCUGAGUAUGAACUUAAUAUUUGUCCUGAAAGAGGAUUGGACAGCCAAGAUUAUAGGUGCUUUGAAUGCCGAGCGCCUAUCUCAUUACGAGGAAUUCCAAGUGAAGCCAGACAGUGUGACUACACAGGCCAGUAUUACUGCAGUAACUGCCACUGGAAUGAUACUGCUGUUAUCCCUGCUCGUGUUAUCCAUAAUUGGGAUAUUGAGCCCAGAAAGGUGUGCAGAUCUAGCACCCGUUUCCUGGCACUGAUGGUGUGGCGACCUGUCCUCAAGCUCAGAGAAGUCAACCCACUGCUUUUUAACUACGUGGAGGAGUUAGUAGAAAUUAGGAAGCUGCGUCAAGACAUCUUGUUGAUGAAACCCUAUUUACUUACCUGCAAAGAGGCUUUGGAGGCACGACUUUUACUACAGCUGCAAGACCGUCAGCACUUUGUGGAGAAUGAUGAUAUGUAUUCCUUGCAAGACCUCAUAGAUACCAAAUGUGGUCGUCUGAGCAGCUCCUUGACAGAAAUCCAUACCACAUUUGCAAAACAUAUCAAACUUGACUGUGAGAGAUGCCAAGCUAAAGGUUUUGUUUGUGAACUCUGUAAAGAAGGAGAUAUCCUUUUUCCAUUUGAUAGCCACACAUCUGUAUGUUCUGACUGUUCUGCUGUGUUCCACAGGGACUGCUAUUAUGAUAACUCUACUACUUGCCCACGAUGUGAGAGGAUGUCCGUCAGGAAACGGUCCCUAUUCCGGGAAGAUAGCCAGCCUGAAAAGGACUAGAACAAAUACGAUUAGGAAUUUGAUCCAGAUGAGAAAAGAAGAAAAUAUUCUUUAUUAGUUUGUAUUUUCUUUGUGCUUUUUAAAAGCACAAAGGACCAACUCUGCUGACACUAAAGAAGGUCUGCCUUGCCUUAGAAUAAGAUGAUUUACCAUGCAUGAAGAAAAAGUACUGAAUGUAUGUCUCUGUGGGAAUCUCUUGACAUAAUUCUCUGCAGGCAAAGAUACUCCAUUCAUUUGUUUUGAAGUAAUAGGCAUGGCCUGCUAGUGUUAAAAGAAGCUCUUUGCAGGGUCACAUGUGCUACUUUAACAAGUUGUAUGGAUGUGCAAAGUCAGCUGUUCUGAGAAUGAGAGCAAGGGUUUUCAGCAGUAAUCCCUAUGUUUAAGAAAUACUACUUUAAAAAAACAUUGAAGCAGUCUGAUUUCCACUACUUCAACCCUAGUUUGGAAGCUGCCUUCAGUGAAAACCCUGACCUUCAGAUUUAUAGUAUAAUUUCAGUCAAAUGAUAUUGCAUCAGCAAGGUUGAUAGCCUUGAGUUUAGAAAGAAGGUGAAUAUGACCAUAGUAGGCCAUUUAGAUUGUUGUGGUCCCUUGCAAUCAUUUUCCAAAAUGUAUUUUUCAGCAUUAACACAUGAACUGAGAAAGUUACUGGUGCAGCAGAAGAAUGAUGGAGACUGUGAUUCUGGUAUGUACUCCUAGGCAGCACUGCAAAAUGGUAGAGUUAAAUACGUGGAAGACUGGAGAUAUAAGUUAUUAAUCUCUCACAUCCCUGACUAGCCAGCAAUGGUUAUGUAAACUAUGUUUAAAGGAGGCCUUAAGUGUUGACUUUUUCAACAAGUCUGUUGCAAAGGUGAUAUUCAUUGACUAAAACAUGCUCUCUUUAGAGCUCCAAAUGACUUGACAGAAAUGCUGGAGUAAAACUGAGGCUGGGAGGAUUUCAGAUCAAUAACGCACUGAAACAGAUGAAGUAAAAAUGAGCCUUGGGUGAGGUUGAAGAACUGCGAGGCUAAUAUGAGGUUAUGGUGGAGAUCAUAUGGGUUGGAAAAAAAGAACCUGAAGCAUUUUUAUCAUACCAGAAUAAAAGACGAUGUUACUAUUUUAUUGUGACUCUUUGUUAUACUAGAUUACCAAAUCCAGUCUUUGGAUUGAUUUUCUGUGUUGAAGCCUGUGUGCUGAAUUCAUAAGAUUUGCUUUUGGAUUGUGGAGGUAUUGAAUGGCUUAUCCAUUUAAGAUCUCUUACACAGACUUAUUUUUCCCUCAUUAAUAUUUUUUUAGAUUAAAGAAGAAUGCAUAUCAAUAUAGAAUGUGCUGACAGUGGAAAGUGAACUGCUCAUUUAUAUGAACGUAUCCAACAAGUACGAUGAUGUAUUUUUAUAUUGUAUAUGUUGCCUUCUUACUCUUAAUUUGUGUUUCUUCAAUCUUUUUAUUGAAUGUUUUACACUGGUUCUCACUUCAUUCCCAGAACUGUGUCACAUUUUAAGCAUUGCAUCUUGAACAAAGUAACAGUGUGGUUACCCUUAUUUCUAAGAAUGCAUGUUGUUACUGUUUUAGAAGACAAUGUUAAAUAUUUCCUGUAGUGAAAAACAGAAUAAUGAAGACAUAGCUUCUCAUGAUUACCAAGACACUUACACAGUGGCAGUUCCUUUGGAAGUCCUAAUUUGAUUCAUGGCAUGCCUUCAUGAUGUUUCUGAUACUUGCACGAUAUGGAUCCCUUACCAUUGCAUUUUAUGUUUUUUUAUUCAGGAUGGUUUCUGUAUCCCCUUUUGCAGAACUGCCUGUUGUGCAUUAGUAAAUGUGUAUGACAUAUUUA